AUCCAGGAGGAACACUAUCCUAAUCCCCUUCUGCCCUCUCCUUUGUAAACACUACACUCUUUUCAGGGUCACUGAUGCUUUGUUUCAUUUUUUUAUUUUUUUCUUCCCGCUCUGUCUCGGUGUGCUUCUCGACAGAUGCUGCAACAGCAUAGACCAAGGAGAAAGGAUUGCAGAUUUCCUAUGAUCCCAAAAGACUUGCUCUUGCGCCUCACAUGGUGAGUGAGGCUUGGUGGUUGUAGCAUGCCGUGUGCGAGAGCACUGAGGCAGUGGGAAAUCAGGCCCACCUCUGCACUGCGGGGGCUCAGCCGCACCAGGGCCCUGAUGUGGCAGCGGAUAAGGGGGCUGGCCCGAGCCUGCCGGCAUGGUGUGGAAUACCCCGUUAACUACAACAGCCCUGACCACCAGGAACAAGAGAUGGUCUACCUUGAGCCCAUGGGAUCAGAGCGGAUGGAAAUGCGAAAGAGGCAGAUGUCGGUGCAGCAGGAGUCGGCAACGGGGGGAACUGCACCGGCCCAGCAGGGCCAGCCGGGCCAAGCCAACCCUCGGGGCUCAAACGCAUGUUGCUUCUGCUGGUGUUGUUGCUGUAGCUGCUCCUGGAAUGAAGACCGGGAUGAGAGGAACCGAAAGGCAUCGUAUGAUGUUAAGGAAGGGACCGCAGACUGUGAAGACUGUCCAAAGCCCACGUUGGAGGACGUGCAGUCUUGGGGACAGUCGUUUGAUAAGCUGAUGUGUUGCCCAGCGGGGAGGAACUCCUUCAGACAGUUUCUUCGCACUGAAUUCAGUGAGGAGAAUAUGCUCUUCUGGCUCGCCUGUGAGGAGUUUAGCAAAGAGACCAAUAAGAGCGCCACAGAGGAGAAAGCUCGGGUCAUCUACGAGGACUACAUCUCCAUUCUCUCACCUAAAGAGGUGAGUCUGGACUCCCGUGUGCGUGAGGCCAUCAACAGGAACAUGCCAGAACCAACGUCCCACACGUUUGACGAUGCCCAGCUGCAGAUCUACACACUAAUGCAAAGAGACUCAUAUCCCCGCUACAUGAACUCCCCGGCUUACAAAAACCUGCUCAACACUCUGUCAGAGCAGUCCCCCGAAUCUUAGGGUGGUGACGACCUGUGAUAUUCUCACUCUUUACCCUCCCUCAUUUUUUAUUUUCAGGGUUUUUUCUUUUGUUUUUUUCUGUGUUCAGUGUAGGAUUACAUAAACCAGGUUUGGGCCUGGUGCCUCCCAGGGAUCUCAGCACUAUUGUGAUCUGCACCUGACAGAAGACACUCAGGUCU